AAGAGCAUGGCGAGAGAAAAACUUGACGCAGGAUGAAUUAAGCGUGCCUCGGGAAAGAAGAAGAAGAGGAGGAGGAGGAGAGUGCCGGAAACUUAGGGGCUCAACCAGGCGUGGGGAGAAAGCUGCGGCCACUGUGCGGGAGUGAGGCAGCCUGGAUAGAAGUGAACAGUCUGAGCACAGCGGCGGCACAGCUGAGCGAAAUCCAGGCGUGGCGCGGACACCAAGCAGGCACCCCGACCCACAGCCACCCAGCACACGCCGCGCUUACUUCAAAGACUCGAGUUGCGCCUCCUUCCACCAUUCGGCUCUCAGGAUCAUGCGAAGAGUGACCCUCGUUAAGUUUAUCUAAGCUUUCGUUAAUAACUAUAAUACUACCGUGAGUUAUUAGUGUUUGUUUUUAACUUUGUGCAAGGAAAAGAAGGAAAUUUGUUUGAUUAUACCUCGAACUGAAAAGGAAAGAACGCAGAGUUAAUAAAGGAAACAAUAUACAGUGAACUCUGCUACCAGUGCCAAUUAACCAGCAAAUUCGUGGAUGAGGUUUCACCGACCAAAUCUCGCUGACGGGAGGUGAUGGAGGCAGCGGACAUGUAGUUACUGUUGCUGCUGUUGCUGUUGCUGCUGCUCACCGGCGCCGCGACAUGUGGUUGGUGGGGAGGGUGUUCGUGACGGGCCUACUGGUGGUCGGCGGCCCAGGAGUGUGGGCAGCACGCGAGAGAGACGCAACCACAUCCCAUGAAAGCUCUUCUGAGGAAGCACGUGAUGCCUGGCAUGACCAAGAGGCCACGGAGAGCCUAAAGAGCUUCUUCUCAAUCAACCCACCCCGGCAACAGGGUGGCCGAUCACAAUGGGCGCCGUCGCCCUGGGGUCGUCCCGCCGAGCCGCGCCCCAACCUGCCGUGGCACACCGCUCCCAGGACCCCGCCACCCACCACACGUCGGCCGCCCAAGUAUAGCUUGCGUCUUAGUCCUUUCCAGGGGACUUACCCCUUCGAGAGUGAGGUGCGGGGUGAAAGCUACCACUCCCGCAUCAGAUUCCAUCACCUGGGCAGCAAAGCCAAGCUGAACCAUCCGCCUAGAGGCCAGACCUUCGGCAACUGGGGCUUCCCGAAGUUCUCACAUGACGGCAGGGAUUCGCACUCUCAUGAACACCGUUCCCAACACACAGGUACAUUUUCUGACAAUUCCCAAGAGACAGGCACUUCAUUUCAUGGGCCUCACGAGAUAGGAGAAUCUCUUGGUACCACGGGACCAUCACCAAGCCAUAGCAGUUCGCAUUACCAACAACCUGUGAAAGAAGGCACGCUGGAAACAUUACCGUAUCCCGACGAUUACCCAGACACAUUCCCUGAGACAGGCGCGCCUCAACCCACGCACACACACUCCGACAGCCACAAAAAUGUACAAACUACACAACAGCUUCCAGACCCACUCCAUCAGCUCCAUGACAGCUCCGGGCGUGAACCGUCUCUGGAGGUCAAUGAACGAACACCUCCCCAGGACUCUCAGGCACCAAGACCUUUCCUGCACCCUGGCAACUUGGAGGCGCUUUUGGAAGGAAGUCAACUGAAGGAAGCUAAGGGCGAAGGGAGCACCAGCCUCGACUACCUGAAUGAAGAUGAAGCUAUCGACAGUGAGCCACCUGAAGAAGAUCAACCUGACGCCUCACACCAUCUACUAGACUCUUCUCAUCAUGGUCAUGAUGCUCCAGUCCCGACAGCAGCACGUGAAAAUGCAGGACCAGAGGAUGAAGUAGGUUUUUCUUCUCCUAUCUUGCCCAAAGAUGACUUCCACGACUAUGUUGAUCCCAGUGUUGGCCACACCUCCCCAAGGGCGUCAAGCGAAGGCACAGGGCAGCCAAAUAGACCACAAGCCUCAGAAGACCUCACACCCACUACCCCAGACGACUACAACCCUGACUAUUACGACCAUCUGUAUGAUGAGUUCUUGGAUUUGUAUUACGAUGAUCCAGAGCAAAAGCAAGAGCAACAACAGCAAGAGAACCAACAACACCAGCAACAGAACCAGAAACACCCACACCAGCAACAGAACCAGCAACACCCACACCAGCAACAGAACCAGCAACACCCACACCAGCAACAGAACCAGCAACACCCACACCAGCAACAGAGCCAGCAACACCCACACCAGCAGGAACAACAGCACCCGCAGCAGCACCAACAGGAGGAUCAACAUCAGCAGGAGCAUGAGGAGCCCCCCGGCCCACGCUUCCCCCCUGUGCUGGAAGUGUUGCAACCAGCAGCAAAAGUUCCCACGAUCGCUGCCUCGCCGCCGCCAUCUUCUUUAUCAUCUACUCCAUCCGCGACAUUUUUGCAGUCCACCACAAGCACCCCAUCACCACCACUCGGUGAGACAUCAGCGCCUACAUCACCAUUACCACCGGCAGACACACGCACGCAGACAUCACCAGCCACCAUACACAUCACCACAUCUUCUACAAGUCCUUCAGAUGACAAACUAACCACUGCCAAAACACCUACCACAAUUAGUACAACCACCACUACCACCAUCUCUUCUACACAACAACCAACAACCACAACAUCACCACCACUCACAACUACAACAACAGUAUCUUCUACAACGACACCUACAACCACCACCACCACAAGUACUACAAGCACCACAACCACAUCACCCACAAACACCACAACCACGCCAACCACAACCACCACAACCACGCCAACCACAACCCCCACAACCACAAGGCCACAAGACAUCACAACAGAAGCCACCACCACGACCACUGCAGAAACCCGUGGGAAGCAACGGGAAGGUAGCUCGAGAGCAGGAGCAGGCAGGGCACGAGGAAGAGCCAUCAGCCUGUCGGAGAUCCUGCAGGGGCUGGGUCUGGGGCUGCCGCAGUUCUUGGUGGCCCUGAAGACACAUGGCCUCACCCUUAAAGAUUUCACAUCAAAGGUUCAGGACCAAGGGCUCACGCAGUCGCAGUUCAGGAAGGUGAAGGGGAACUUGACAACUCUUAUCUCUUUCCUGAAGGAGGGAGAAGAGGAGGAAGAGGUUGUGGAGGAAGUAAAGACGAGCGAGACGGAGAAAGAGGAAGAACCUGAAACCCUGAAUGGAGAGAAGCAGAAUGAAGGGAGAAAGCCCCCCAGUAUUCCUUACUGGCUCACUUCAAAACCCCCCUGGCCAUCAACCACCACAACCACAUCCACUACCAUCACUACACCAACCACCACUACUACCACAACUACUCCAGCUCCCUCGCAGCCUCCGAAAAUAUUUGGCUUCCAACCAGGUGGACAAUCAAAGUUUUCAGAGGGACAGGAAGCUGGUGAUAAGUCUGUCUCCGGAGGUGAUACAGAAGAGGGAGGAUCAGGACAGCAAGAAGCAGGAAGUGGAGAGGCAAAGGAAGGAGCGCCAAUUCCCAUCAAGCUGGAUCUCGCCUCUGUCAUGCGGGAAAAGGGACUGACCGCCUCGGAAAUCCUGCAUGACUUAGGUUCUCUCUUCACCGUGGCUGACGACGGUGACGAUAACAAGACUGCCGGGGCGGGGAAGAAAACGACUCCAACCAGCAUCGCAGCCCCAGAGGAAGGAGACAACACCACCACAUCCACCACGCCUGAACCAGACUCCGCAUCGCCUCCCACCAGCACCGUGUCCCUCAAGCCCUACAUCCCGCCCAGGAAUCCCAAGAGGUUUCGGCCACGCCCGUACCGUCCCCAGGGAGGGCUGCUGGAUGGGGGAUCUGGCCGCCAAAUCGUCACCAACCGACACCACACCACCACACGCUCCACACUCUUCCCGCCGUACGUGCCUCCCUCUACCACCCCGUACACCCACACUGACACGCAAGAGGCGGACUCCUCAGACACAGAGACGCGUCCUUCUCAACGUGACAAGAAGAACUUCAACCGCUAUGCCUUCGAAGACUACCAUGACGACCCGCCAGGCCCGCACAUCACCCUCAACAUGACCAAGAGUGCCAUCAUGGCCGCCUCCGUGAUGGGUGGAGCGGCCAUGUGUGUGUUCUUGGCCAUCCUGGUGGUGGUGAUGUACCGAGGGCGUGUCAGGCUCCGUCGCACGCCCCUCGCUCUAGGUAGUGACUCCUCCACGUCUUCCACGCCGCCGCUGUAUGUGCCCCGCAUGAGAGCCAGCAUGGGCAAAGGGCCGCGCCAGACUGCAGGGUUCUGGGGAACACUCAAGAAGAGAUUCGACCCUUACUCCAACACUUCUUCCCUUAGCGUCAUAAGCUGAGCCACACACACUCACACACACACACACACACACACACACACACACACCAAACAUACACACACACACACACACACACACACACACACACACACACACACACACACACACACACACAGAAGAGAAUAGUUAGGCAGUAGUUUCGUCCCCCCCUGUUCCAGUCUGUUCAGGCAUACAGUCUCAUCCAACCCAUGUCACCCCGCCAGCAGGUCCCGGCGAGGCUUGCACGUGACCACUAGAUAAAUACUAUUACGCCAGAGAGAGAGAGAGAGAGAGAGAGAGAGAGAGAGAGAGAGAGAGAGAGAGAGAGAGAGAGAGAGAGAGAGAGAGAGAGAGAGUCUGCUUGUGUUAACUGGCGUCGUGGGAGAUGUAGAUAGCUGAGACACUAAGGAAGAGGUACAGUGCGUAUGUAUGUUGUAUAGGUAAGUAGAAACCUUGUUAUUGUAUUUAUUGUUGAAUAAAAACUAAUGA